AUGGCACAGGAUGCGCGCAAAGUGCGAAAGGUGACGCGCGCUUGUGAUGCCUGCAAAAGUAAGAAGAAAGCGUGUACAGGCACGUUUCCUUGUGGUCCGUGUACCCGGCGGCGGCUCUCUUGCACGUACGACGCGGCGUACAACCGCGGUGUUGCAGCGAGUCCACUUCUCUCGAGCUAUCAGAAAGAGACAUCCAGCCCUUUUAGUCCCAAUCUGAAUGCCCAAAACUCAGCCGACUCGUCACGUUCCCGGCGCAUUGGAUCGGCGGAAUCCCCCCUAGGAAGCUGGAGUCAACCGGGUGGUUCCUACAGAUCUCCCGCUGGUGCAUCUGAGCAAGAAACACCGGCCUUACCCUCCGAUGCGUCGCAUCAAAUGGCUCCGACCAAUCUCGACCCGCAAUAUUGGGGGCCGACGUCAGCACACUCAUUUCUUGGACAAGUUGUCCGAGACUUGCCAGCCACGCCUUCCAAGGUAGUGGCCCAUCAAUCAGAUCAGGGUAGACCGUCGACAGUACCCAUUUUCUCAUUCGGAGACCGACUCAACCCAUGUGUCCAACUGACCGAUUUCCAAUGGCCCACUCGCCCAAUCGCAGACAGCUUGGUUCGACGAUACUUUGACUUUGCAGCACCAACUUAUCGAAUUCUUCACCAACCGACUGUUGAGUGCCUUAUCGAAAGGCUCUAUAAACAUGACAGUACUCCCAUGGAAUCUACGUGUGACAGAGCCUCCAAAGCGGUGAUAUUGCUGAUAUUCAGCACCGCAACGAUGUACCAACCUGGUUCGGAAGGACACAUAGGCGCGGCGGACGAAGACGGCUGGCAGAAGAGUGAACUUUACUAUGCUCAGGCGGACUCUCUUCUAUCAAACGAGACUGGGGCUCCUAGUCUACCUUCUGUGCAAGCUCGCUUUCUGGUAGUGCUGUACUUGCUGAGUUCGUCGAGGGCCCAUAAAGCAUGGUUCACUUUCGGGACAACAGUGCAAUUGAUGAUGGUACUUGGCUUUCACAGCAAACGGUCAAGGAUAGGGUCGGAGGCGGAUGACUUGAUACGAAAGGAAUGCCAACGGCGUGUCCUAUGGUGCUCAUACACAUUGGACAAAUACCUCAGUAUCAUGCUGGGCCGACCACGACUUUGGCAAGACGAAGAUCUUGACGAGUCAUUGCCUACUCGCAUUAAUGAUCAGGACCUCACUCGAUAUGAGAUGAAUCCGUCCAAGUGUGAUUGUCUGAUGGACGCGCCGGUGUUUCACACGGUGCUGGCCCGCAUUCUGACGCAGGCUGCCAGGGAGCCUUAUGUUGUCACCGGUAUAUCUUCCAAAGAUCAAAUUGAUACGAUUCGUGUCUUUUGUGGAAGGGUCGCUGAAUGGCAGGCCGAGCUGCCUCCUUUUUUGUCCGGCAUCAUCCAACCUGGCAGCUUAAUUCCUGGGCUGCGGCGCCAGUUGACCGUUUUACAACUAGCGCGAUACCAUGCCUUGAUUUUCAUCACGCGGCCUCUGUUACUUCGCAACUACUCCCAAAUUUGGCCCGAGUGCGAACCAGCUUAUCAGUACUAUCUCAGCACGUGUUUGACAGCAGCACGAGACGCCAUCGAAUUGAUUCUUGCCUUCGUCCAGGAAAAGCAACUCUUCCCUUCUUUCUGGUACUCUCAAUAUAUUGCUUUCAAUGCACUGUCCAUCAUCUAUCUCUAUCUUAUCCAGGUGCAACGAGGCCGUAUCUCGCCCGCUAACCUUCGCUUCAUCCACAAUCAAGAUGGACCUUUUGACAUGCAGCUAGACCAGUCCACUCUUUACAGGCUAUGCGAAACAGCUCAAGCGCAUCUUGCAGAUGCGACUAUUCGCAAUGCACCUGCCUGGAGAUAUAGCGCGAUUCUACAAGGUCUGCGCCGAGAACUAUCCAAAUCGAAUGACUUGGCCUCGGGGUCUAAUUCCGACCACGCUGAGGAUCGCGGCAAUUGCCAGGUCGCAGCAAUCAGCUCACAUGCAUUAUCCUCAGGUCCCCAUGAAAACUUUGGGCCUACGCCGGCGCAUAGCAAUGAUACCAUGCCACCCAGCAGAAUUUCAAGAUCAAAUGUACAACCCGAAGGCAACUUUCCACGACAAGACGCACUUUCCGAGAGCUUCUUUCUCGACCCACACACCGAAGUCCUUUUCGACACUCUUGGUACAGACGCUAUAAUCCCUGACUUCUGGUCACAAUUUGACAGUCUUCCCGCUGGUGAGUUACAUGUGUCAGAUGCAUUUGCAUAUCUCUAA